GAUAUCAGUGUGUCAGUAUGCUGAAACUCACACACUCCUCUGCAUCUGAAUCUACUUCUCUUUUGAUCAUCAAACAGGUUACCAUGUCCCCCAACACCUCCGUGGCCUACAACAACAGCUGUGCGGAACACUUCAGCAUCUUCUCCGUGUGCAUGUACUCCUUCAUCUCCACCGUUGGCCUGGUCUUUAAUAUCCUAGCACUGGUGUUUUUCUUCAGCCAAACCAAAUCCAGAUCUCAAACCAUAGUCUACAUGACUCACCUGGCCAUAGCAGACAUUCUGCUCAUCCUCACAUUGCCCAUGAGGAUCUACUACCAUCUGGGAUUUACCCUUGGUCAGCGGCUCUGUGAAGUCCUCGGUUUGGUCCUCAAGGCCAACAUGUAUGGAAGCAUCUUUCUCCUCACUUGCAUUUGCUUCGACCGCUGCAUGGCCGUCAGCUUCCCUAUGUCGUCUCGAGUCCAGGCAGGGAGAAAGAAAGCUCCGUGGAUUUGUCUCGGGAUAUGGAUGCUCACCUUUGGAGCCAGCCUGCCCAUCUAUCUUACCAAGCGCAAUUAUGUUAACAACACGGAAUGUUUCGACAGCCUUCCUGUUUACGCUGCAAACCCGGUGGUGGUUUUUCCAACCCUGAUUGUGGGGUUUGGGAUCCCACUGGUCAUCAUGUUGAUCUGCUCAUGGGGUUUGGUCCGUGCUGUCCAACGUAGCUCUGUGGCUCAGACCAACUUAGUGGACAGCGGGAAAAUCCAGAGGAUGAUUGCCACCAGCCUCCUCAUUUUCCUGCUCAGCUUCCUCCCUUACCAUACCAUCCUGGCCGUCCUCUCUCUGUAUAAAGAUGAUAUACCCUGCCCCCUGCGUACUGCAUACCGCUACAGCCUGAUGAUGGCGUGUCUCAACACAGUGCUGGAUCCUGUUGCGUACUAUUUCACCACGGACACCUUCAAGAAUAAAGUGGACAUGGGCACUGUUCGGAGGAUGUUUUUGUUGAAUAGUCAAAGUUCCGAUGUGAACAGGAGCAGGAUGCCCAACAGCUAAAGGACUCAACAGACACACUGAAAAACAGAAACGUUGACAUUCAUUAAUGUAUUAUAUCAACAGAUUUCACAUAACUGAAUUAGGUUAGUGGAAUCUAAUAUAUUUUUAAAAGUUAAUAUUAUUGAUUUUUACUAACCUAAAUAAUGACGUGUGACACAAUACAUUUAAUUAAAGUCAACCUUCACAUUUUUUGUAUGCAACAUAUCAAAUCUGACGUUUAACCUAACAAUGAGGACAUUUUGGGAUCAUUUCCAUAAUGUAAACCCCAGAGAAUGACAAUGUAUGUAAUUCCCUUAAGUGUUUCACCCUGUCCCGUUAUUGCUUGUGUUUUAUACAUCAUGGAGCAUUAUUUAUGCAUAUUUUUAAGGUUAUCAAAUAAAUACUAUGCUAUCUA